UCAGAAAAUUUAACUUACGUAUCGAAAUUAACCGAAUGCAAGUCUUACACUUUUCUUAGUAGGCUUCUGGCAGUACAUCGUUCAUGGUAUAUUAAUUACGCGUGUUUGUUUACAUUAGUGAACACCAACGUUGCUGCUAAAGAUCGUCAUCGCCCACUGUUGAAACAUAUAUAAAAUCUUAGGAUAUUAUAAAGAAAAUGUUGUGCAUCCUUUCAAGAUUUUCUAAUCCAUUACUGUCUGUAAUAACAAGAAAUACAAAAGUUUGUGAGGAAGUAAGAAAACUUUCAACCGUUCAUUCUACUGCCAAAGUAAAACUUACAGGUGCAAAGCUUACCAACAGGUGUGUUAUAUGUUUGUCUGGAACAGAAACUCCACAGUUGCUACAAGGUUUGCUGACAAACAAUGUCGACCAUCUUGAAGAAAAUGCACAAAAUCGUGUAAACCUGCCUUGUAUUUAUACAAUGUCUCUUAAUGUCCAGGGUCGUGUUUUAUAUGACUUGUUCUUGUAUAAACUUAAAAACUCGGAGUUUCUAUUAGAUUGUGAUGAUUCUGUUCAUCUUAAUUUAAUACAACACCUUAAAAUGUACAGAUUAAGAAAGAAAGUUAGCAUAAGUUCUAAAAACCAAUGGUCUGUGUGGACAGUGUUUAAUGCAGAUGAAGAUUCAGCAUCAUCUGCCAAUAAAGAUGGCAAAGUUUUGGAUGAACAUGGAUUACCACUAGGUGGUUCAGAGCCUGUUACAUCGGCUCCGAACAUGCAUACAACAGAUGAUCUUGUUAUAGGUGUGAAAGAUCCUCGCUUGGCUGACCUAGGUCAUCGCUUAGUCUUAAAUGCAGGUUGUUCUGCUACAGAAGUAUUUCCUGAUGCCAGACUGUCCGAAAACACUGAAUAUACAAAGCUUCGAUACAAACUGGGUGUAGGAGAAGGAGUGAAGGAUCAUCCUCCAGGAGCUUGUUUUCCUCUUGAAUGUAAUCUGGAAUAUCUGCACGGAAUAAGCUUUCAUAAGGGUUGUUAUGUUGGUCAGGAAUUAACAGCUAGAACAUAUUAUACUGGAGUGGUGAGAAAAAGAUUAAUGCCGGUUAAAAUUGAUGCAGAUGCUGACUUAAGUAAGGCACCUGUUGAUUGCAUUGUCGAAAAUGAACAAGGCAAAAACGUUGGCAAGUUCAGAAACAGUGAAGAACGAUACGGACUUGCCCUACUUAGGGUAGAGGAGAGUCUUAAUUCAAAAGAAUUGAGAGUUAGGGGCAGUGAUAUCAAGUUGAGUGUAAAUAAACCUUAUUGGUGGCCACAGACACUCUCAAAACGGGAAUAAAGAAGGUUUUAGCAGUAUAAUUAAAUGAAUGUAUUUAGAAAAACUUGUGCAAUAAAUUACUACAUACAUUAUA